AUGACCAGAAGCUGGAUGAGAAUAUAUGUGUUGCUGGUCUUGUUGGGCUACCAAACAUGCGCAAUUGAUCUCAACAUUGGAGGUCAAACCGUCAGUAGCGGGAUCGGUGGCAAUGUUGGCGGUUAUGACAAUGUUCGCUUUGAAUUUGAAUUUGGUCUCCCAGAAGGUGUCGUGACGGGACAACCAGAAGUGGAAGCACUCAUUUGUCGAACACAAGACUUUCUAGCAGACAAUCUCUACACCGAGUUUCAGGACAGCACCCUCAAUGUCAAAGCAACCGAAAUCAAGUGGGAAUUCAACAAGGAUGACCCAAAGCCAGUCAAGGUCACGUUCACAGCUUCAGUUACAUCCAACGCAACAGAUGUCCCAUCACAUGAGCAAAUUAAGGAAGCUGCAACAGGAUUGGAUAUGGGAACUUACCUCGACAACUAUGUGAAAGCAACCAAAUGCCCCACUGGCUUUUCCCAGGCCACGGAAGCAUCCUAUGAAGUCAACUUGACACCAGAAAUUGAGGGCGAUAUCGCCGAGGCCAAUUGUGACAGCACGUGUGCCCCAACUAUUGCACCUGGGCUACCAACUGGAGCCCCAACCAAACUGCCAACUUCCAAACCCACAGAUACACCACCUCCCAAAGAGGCAUUUCAAACGGAAGAGCACGUCGAAGACCAAAUGAGGCCGGACUACACUCGUGCACCGAGCGUUACCGCGCUGAAACCAGUGUCCUUUGCGAAUCCGGCAUAUUUACAUCCAACGCACAUUUCACCAACCAUACCGGAGCCACCACUGUCAUCCUCGGCAGAUAGCGGCCCUGGAGGAGGAGCAGCAGGCUCUGGAGGUAGCGGCGCAGGAGGAGGAGGCUCUGGAGGUGGUGGUGCAGGAGCAGGAGGAGGAGCAGGCUCUGGUGGUCCUGGAGGCUCAAGCGGAUCCAACCCAUCAGGUGGGGGAUCAGCUGGUGGAGAUAGCGGCAAUGGUAGUUUGGGCAGUGGGUCUGGUGGUGGUGGGUCCGGGCCUGGAUUUGAUGGUGGCGGCAGUGACAUUACAGGAGCGUCAAUGGACUCUACGAUGGGUGUUGAUGGAGGGUCGCCCACAGGUGGCGCUGACGGUGGGCCAUCUUCUGGUAGCAGUUCAUCCAGUGGUAAUAAUGGUGGUGGCAGUUCGUCGUCGGGCUCGAAUGGUGGGUCCGGGCCGUCCUCCGGUGGAGGCGAAUCAGGCGGAGGGUCUGGCGGUGGAUCUGGCGGUGGAUCAGGUUCCGGCGGUGGAUCUGGCGAUGGAUCUGGCGGUGGAUCAGGUCCUGGCGGUGGAUCAGAUUCCGGAGGAGGAUCGGAAAGCGGCAGUAGCUCCAGCAGUGGACCUGGAGGAGAUGGAACCCCUUCAAAUCCAAACCACAGUGAUGCAGAAACAGGGCCAUCCGACAAGAUUCUGUUCAACCUAGAGUUCGGUUUCUUUGAAGAGAGACGAUACCUUGAAGCUGGGAACGAGCCCUUGGAUGACUCGGAACUGAAAUCGCUGGUCUGCUAUACGCAAGACUUUUUCGCUUCCGAGCUCCAGACAGUUCUUGGCGAUGCCGGGAUAUCGUUCAAGGCCAUUGAUGUAGACUGGAAUUUCGAUGGGACAAAGCUUGAACUGUCAUUUGCGGCUGAUGUGAAAGAUAGCAGUGGAAUGGAAGUGCCCGAGAACGACGUGUUCCAAUCGCUGAAGGUGGCCAGAAAUGAUCUUCAUGAGUUUUUGGUGGACUAUGUAUCGAAAGUCCAGCCACCAAAGGGUCGGUCUGAGAGUAAGCUUUUCAAAGUGAACGAGGUGAACCUUCAAAGCCAACAGAAUGUGCCGAUUCCAAUAGGCAAGCUGCCGAAUGGCAUUGAGGAAUCUUGCUCUCAAUUCCAGAAUGAAACUAGCGAGAAAGAACCCGAACCGAGUGACUCCAUAGCAGAUCAAAGAGGCAUGUCUGGGCUUAUUGAUGAAGGAAUCCUGUCCUACAACAUUUCCUACAAUGACACGGAAAUGUCUCCGCGCGACGGCGAAAGCUUUCCGGAGGGGAACUCCACAGUUUCCGAUGUCGUUUUUAAAGUUGAAAUCGGUUUUUUCGAGGGUGAUGCCAAGGAGCCAACCAACUUGGAAGUUGACUCUGUGCUUUGCGAAAUCAGCAAGUUUCUUGAAAAAGAGCUGAAAGUUGCCCUAUCCGACGAGUCGCUUGCAAAUGAGGUGAAGCUGGUUGAUUGGUCGUACCAUAGCGAGUCCAAAACCCCUGUGUUCAUUGAGUUCGUCCUGGAUACUGUUUUGGAGAAUGGCGAUUUGGUGCCUCCAGAGACACUCUACGAGGCACUCAAGUUGGACAGAGCCUCCCUUGAAGAACUGAUUCAGAGUUUCAUUCAGAAGGCUCAGCCAAGUCCGAACGUGUUUCAAAGUGCCUCCCAGAUUGGUUUCACAGCCAACAUUGGCGUUCCCACGCACUCGCGAGAAUCUUUGUCUCCUAUCAACUGCCCUCAUGAAAAUCAAACUGAGCCUGUGGUGUCAGUGCAGAUUUCAUUUGGCUUCUCCUCGGAGAACAUUACUGAGCCAAAUGCAACUGAGAUCGAGGCUCUCAUCUGCGAAACCAAUGUCUUCUUGGAAAAGAAGAUACAAGAACAUGUUGAUGAUGAACAGAUAAAGUUGCAUGCUGUGAACAUUGACUGGAUGCUGAAUGAAAGCCUGCCCACCCCUCUUAUUGUGGCCUUUGAAGUCAACGCAACUAUGCAGGAUGACACACCUCUGAAUUCAAGCGAUAUAUACGAAUUACUGGAGCUUACUGAAGAUGAUCUGAAGAUACUUCUCGAGCAAGUCCUGCAGUCUGCAUUAGGGAAUGCUUCAAUUUUUCUCAACACAACUGCCCUCACCUUUGAGGAAAGCCUUGGGGAGCCUUUGCCUCCUGGAAAGCUGGAGGAAGCUCUGUGCUCCAACUCAACCUCACCAAAUGGCAACGGAACAGUGGUGUCAGUGACAGUGUCAUUUGGUUUCUCAGAGGAAAACAUUACUGAACCGAAUGUGACUGAAAUUGAAGCUCUUAUAUGUGAAACAAAUGUCUUCAUGGAAGAGAAGAUACAAGAACACGUAGGUGAUCCAGAAAUAGAGGCCCAUGCUACCAACAUUGACUGGAUGGUCAAUGAAAGCUUGACCACGCCCCUGCAAGUGAUCUUUGAAGUAAAUGCAACUCUUGGGGACGGCUCACCUUUAAAUUCAAGUGAGAUAUACGAAUCACUGGAGCUUGCUGAAGAUGAUCUGCAGAUACUUCUCGAGCACGUCCUGCAGUCUGCAAUAGGGAAUGAAUCCAUCUUUCUCAUCUUGAGUGGACUCACUUUUGAGGAGAACCUUGGGGAACCUUUGCCACCAGGGAAGCUGGAGGAAGCUCCGUGCUCCAACUCAACCUCACCAAAUGGCAACGGAACUGUGGUGUCAGUGACAGUGUCAUUUGCUUUCUCAGAGGAAAACAUUACUGAACCGAAUGUGACUGAAAUUGAAGCUCUUAUCUGUGAAACAAAUGUCUUCAUGGAAGAGAAGAUACAAGAACACGUAGGUGAUCCAGAAAUAGAGGCACAUGCUACCAACAUUGACUGGAUGGCGAAUGAAAGCUUGACCACACCCCUGCAAGUGGUCUUUGAAGUGAAUGCAACUCUUGGGGAUAGUUCACCACUGAAUUCCAGUGAGAUCUAUGAAUCACUGAAACUUACUCAAGAUGAUCUGAAGAUACUUCUUGAGCAUGUCCUGCAAUCUGCAUUAGGGAAUGAAUCCAUCUUUCUCAUCUUGAGUGGACUCACUUUUGAGGAAAACCUUGGCGAACCUUUGCCACCGGGGAAGCUGGAUGAAGCUCUGUGUAACAACUCAACCCCACCAAAAGAUAAUGAAACGGUGGUGUCAGUGACAGUAUCAUUUGGUUUCUCAGAGGAAAACAUUACUGAGCCGAACAUGACAGAAAUUGAGAACAUUGUAUGCCAAACAAAUCUUUUCUUGGAACAGAAAAUACAGGAGAAUGUUGGUGACGUCCAGGCACGUGGUGUCAACAUUGACUGGUUGCUGAAUGAAAGUUUGCCUACCCCCCUUCAAGUGAUCUUUGAAGUGAAUGCGACUCUUGGAGAUGAGUCCCCUCUUGAUCCCGCAACCGUUUUUGAAUCUUUGAAGCUAGCUGAUGAUGACCUGAAGAUCUUUCUUGACUUUUUGAUGGACUCGGUGACAUGGAAUGAAUCCAUCUUUCUGAACUUGAGUGGACUCACUUUUGAGCAAACUCUUGGGGAGCCUUUGCCACUUGGAAAGCUGAAGGAGGCAUCUUGUCCCAGCACACCUUCCCCAAAACAAACUACACCAAGUGGUGGCGAUCAGUCACUGGCAGGUGUUCGUAUCUCGUUUGGAUUUGCCGAAGGAAGGAGACGGAGGAAUAGGGACCGGCAUCUGCGGCUCUUACUGGAGAACAUUACUGAACCCAAUGUGACUGAAGUUGAAGCUCUCAUAUGUGCAACCAAUCUCUUUCUGCAAGAGCAACUUCAGUCGCAGGUUGGUAACCAGGAGUUGGAAGCUCAUGCUGUCAACAUUGACUGGAUGACGAAUGAAAGCUCACCCACAACACUGACAAUAUUGUUUGAAGUCAUGGCAUCCUUGGCAGAUGGUCCUCCUUUGAAUGCAAGUGAUGUCUAUGAAGGUCUCAAACUAUCACAAGAUGACAUUGCUCGCUAUUUCGAGGACUUUGUGCUGAAAUUGUUGUCUGGGACAGACUCAAUCUUCCUGGAUGCAAGAGAUCUUCUUUUUGAAGAGUUUCUGGGGGAGUCUUUGCCACCAGGGAAGCUGGAGGAGGCAUCUUGUCCCAACAUGACUUCGCCAAACACAACUGAGCCAAGUGGCGGCAAUGAAUCCCUGGCAGGUGUUCGUAUCUCGUUUGGAUUCGCCGAAGGGAGGAGACGAAGGAAUAGGGACCGGCAUCUGCGGCUCUUACUGGAGAACAUUACUGAACCCAAUGUGACUGAAGUUGAAGCUCUGAUAUGUGCAACCAAUCUCUUUCUACAAGAGCAACUUCAGUCUCAGGUUGGUCACCAGGAGUUGGAAGCACACGCCGUCAACAUUGACUGGAUGACGAAUGAAAGCUCUCCCACACCGCUGACAGUAUUGUUUGAAGUCAUGGCAUCCUUGGCAGAUGGUCCUCCUUUGAAUGCAAGUGAUGUCUAUGAAGGUCUCAAACUAUCACAAGAUGACAUUGCUCGCUAUUUCGAGGACUUCGUGUUGAAAUUGUUGUCUGGGACAGACUCAAUCUUCCUGGAUGCGAGUGAUCUGCUGUUUGAAGAAUUUCUGGGGGAGCCUUUGCCACCCGGGAAGCUCGAAGAAGCUUCAUGCCCUAAGGAAAACAAGCCCAACAGAGUGGGUGGCUUCAAUUUGCCCAGCGUACCUGGAGGUGCUGCUACUCCAUCAGCUGCGGCACCCUCAGCAACGUCACACUUUGUUUCGUUAUUGUCACCAUCGGCAUCCGCGCCAGGUCGCGGGUCAAACGAGGCACUUUCUACCUCUGACAAGCAAGACGCCUCUUACAACUUAGUAAUGGGGUUUUAUGACCAACCUUCUAGCGAGCGAAGCAACGAACCGGCUGUCGAGCCAAGCGAAGAAGAGAUUGAACGCAUGAUGUGUGAAGUACAGAAGUUCUUCACUGGUCAACUGAAUAAGACUCUUCAAGACCCCAAUGAAGAGAUCUCCAUCACGAAUGUUCAGUGGUGGUUCGAUGAAAACUGUACUGUUCCGUUCCACAUUCAGUUUGCGCUUGGGGCAACUCUUGGUGACGGCACAGAAGUCAGCACCGGGGAAAUCUACGGCGCAUCCAAACUUGGCGAUGAAGACCUGUUGGACUUGGUCGAAAACUAUGUGUGGAAAUCCGGAGGGCCUUUUGCGAAUGUUAAUCAACUGAAGUUCGAAGAAUCAAUGGGGACAGAAGUUGAACUACCAGAAGGGCAGAUUCCUGAGCUCACAUGUCCAGCAGAGGAAGCGCCAGCUCCGUCACCAGCUGGGCAGAGAGGCGGUGGUUUACCUCCUUUAGGUCCUAGCCCUUCCGAAGGAUCAGGUCCAAGCCCAGCCGAAGGAUCAGGUCCAAGCCCAUCGGAAGAAACGCCUGGUCUAGAGGCUUCUUAUCGUGUAGUCUUCGGAUUCUACGAAGGAAAAGCAAGGGAACCUUCGAUGCCCGAGGUCGAGGCGUUGAUUUGCCAGACCAACGAUUUUCUUCAGGGGAAGCUGCAGGAAGCAUCAGGCGAUUCUGGUCUGGAAGCAAAAGCUGUCAAUAUCUGCUGGUCAUACUCUCCAGAUUGUCCAGGACCAGUGACAGUGACGUUCUAUCUAGAAGCAAACUUUGGAGAUGGAUCUGAGGUCCCAGCUGAGAGCAUUUUUGAUGCUCUGAAGCUAAGCGAAGACGAGAUGAAGACUUACCUUGAAGAAUACGUGUGGAGUGCGGCUCCACAAGGAAACAACGUGUUCAAUGAAGUAGACCGGGUUGGUUUCGAUGACUCUAUGGGCGAGCCACUAAACGGAAAGCUGGCUGAAGCUUCAUGUCCAGCCGAGGGGCCCUCUCCUGCAGGGCCGUCAUCGCCGUCAGGCGAAGGGCCAUCCUCACCAGGCGGUUCUGAACCCAAUGGUUCUUCGAAUGACAAUUCACCAGGUGGGCCAUCUGGAGGAGAGUCUUCACCAAGCGCGUCACCUCCAAUGUCACCGUCAUCCAGCGAGUCUAAAGAGGCACCACCAUCCGAAAACGGUGGAAGUGAAUCUAACCAGCCGGAAUCCCCACCUGGUGGUGCACCCAAUGGCAAUUCGCCAAGCGAAGCCUCACCCAAUGGCAAUUCGCCAAGUGAAGCUUCACCCAGUGACAGCUCGCCAAGCGAAGCCUCACCAAGUGCAUCACCCCCAUCGUCAUCGUCAAGUGAGUCUAAACAGACACCACCAUCCGAAAGCGGUGGAGGCGAAUCUGAAGAGUCACCAAGCGACUCGAGUGGAUCCGAACAAUCCCCAGUGUCGCCAACUGAUUCUGAACAACCGGCCCCAAACAGGAAGAAUCCCUUUUCCACAGAAACGGACGAAGCGACAAGUGAUGCCAACGAGCCUGCUCAAUCUCCAAAAAACGAGCAACCGGCAGUUGAGGCAAACCGCAGCAAUGCGAUUUUGGUUCACAUGGAACUUGGGUUCUAUAAUGGGACACUCUCCGAACCGACUCCAGAGGAGAUCGAAGCAAUGAUUUGCGAAUCGACCGAGUUUGUCAAGGCAGAACUUCAAAAAGGAAACCCCGAGGAGUGCAUUGAGGAAGCAACUCUUAGCAAGAUAGACUGGACGUACGAUGAAGAAUGUGACACGGUUCCAGUGACAGUGACCUACGCUGCACAGGCCAAGUUUUGCGACGGCACGGACGUCCCGCCUGACAUGAUCUAUGAUUCCAUGAAACUGGACCCGGAAGAUCUCAAAGUCUAUUUGGAGGCGUAUAUCUGGGACUCUGCACCAGCGAAGGAAAACGUUUUCUAUAACGCCAAUGCAAUGACCGUCGAAGGAAAACUCCAUGUUCCCGUCAGACCAGGAAAGAUUGCAGAGGUAUCUUGCUGA